AUGGAAAAAAAAAUCAAAAUCAAAAAGAAUCUUCAGAAUGUGCCAUUGGGCUUGUACUAUAAAUUCUGGGUGGCUUACACACCUUGUGACUCGCAGUACCUGAAUUCCGUGCAGCUGACCCUAGAGCAGAUCGACCUUAUUAAGAGAGUCCUGAAGAAGUACAAUCAAUACCUAGAACUUGUUACCAAAUCCGAAGACAUCACCGCCGUCUUCAAGAAAGGGAAAAUCGCCAGCCUGAUCGCCAUCGAAGGAGGCCACGGAAUCAGCAACAGCUUAGGGACGUUGAGAAUGAUGUAUGAACUCGGUGUGCGGUAUCUCACACUCACACACACGUGCGAUACGCCCUGGGCGACGUCGUCCGUCAUUGAAACGAAGGGGGGCUCCACGAGCCAUCCGGGGCUCUCUGACUUCGGCAAGGUGAGGCAGACGGCGGCCAAAGGAGGGACUGGGAAAGGAAGGGAAAAAGUCGUGCAGGAGAUGAACCGGCUGGGGAUGAUGGUGGACCUGUCUCACGUGUCGACGCAGACGAUGCGGGACACUCUCGCCGCCACGCAAGCGCCCAUCAUCUUCUCUCACUCGUCGGCGCGCGCCCUCUGCGACAACCCCAGGAACGUGCCCGACGACGUGCUGCGACAGGUGAAACACAACCGCGGGAUCGUCAUGGUCAGUUUCUACGCCGACCACGUGAGCUGCGCCGACAGAGCCAACGUCACGCAUGUGGCAAAACACAUCAACCACAUACGGGAAAUCGCGGGGAUCGACCACGUGGGCAUCGGGGCGGAUUUUGACGGCAUCAACAAGACCCCGGUGGGCCUCGAAGACGUGAGCAAGUACCCCGCCUUGUUGGCCGAGCUGCUUCGUGACCCCCGGUGGACGGUGGCUGACCUCAGGAAGCUGGUGGGCGAGAACAUCAUCAGAGUGUUCUCGGAGGUUGAGCGGGUACGCGAUGACCUGAUGACCAAGGGCGUGGAACCCAUCGAGGAGGAGAUCCACCCCGAGUACCUCCGAGGCAAGACGAACUGUACUUACUUCUUCGACUAAGAUGUGAUGACGUCACGACGGCGCAUGGAGGCACACGCCAGUCUCUCCUUCGCUGCCUUCUUUACGACGUGAAAGACACAAAGAGAGAAACAAAAAGAGCCUUUAUGCUGUAUAGUGUGGUUUUAUACGGACGCAGAUUUCUAGCAGAGUUUCUCAGAGAGUGAGGCGUAAAUAG